UUUAUAAAGCUAGUAUAAGUACUGAUCGGCGAAACUUUAAAUCAUCUAAAUUUUAUUCAGUGUUUAAUUGAACAAAAAAAUUUUAAUUUAAAAAUGGGAGUACCAGGAUUAUAUAGUUUUCUCAUUGAAAAGAAUAAAAAUUUAUCGAAAUACUCUAAACUUGAUCAUUCGAAAAUAAUUAUUGAUGGUACCAGUAUUUCGUAUCAUUUACUACACCAUUCCAUAAAGGAUGCAAGAAUUGAUCCUGAAAAUCAGUAUCAAAUUUAUUUUGAUUAUGUGAUGAAUUUUUUCCAAAAGUUUAUUGAUCAUAAAGUUGAUAUUUUUGUGUUUGUCAAUGGUGCAUGGAAAGAACAAAAUCUAGAUUCACAAAUAAAAGUUAUAACUGAAACAAUUAAGAAUUCACCAAUUGAUGUGAGACCAAUUGACUAUCUUUACUAUAAAACAUUUAAACAUGAUAUUUUUGUGGAAGUGUUGAAGGGAUUGAAUAUUAAAUUCACAGUAUGUCCGUUUCACGCUGCAGACGUUAUAGCAACUACAGCUAAAAUAUUAAAUUAUCCUGUUUUAACAGCUAAUGCUGACCUAUUUUUAUUUGGCACUGACUGUAUUUUUUUCCGUAAUCUUCUAUUCAAAAAUAAUGGUCAACCAAACAUGUCAUUUCUAUGCAAGAUUUCGCGUCCACAUGAAUUUAUAAAAAUGUAUUCUGGAUUAGAUAUUUUCUGCUUACCACUUUUGUCAGUUUUACUAAAUGAUGAUUACUUUCCAGAUGAUAAUUUACAUGAAAUUUUUUUGCCUUAUUCAUUACCAAAUUUUGAUAAAUUUAAUUCUCUUCCUCAUUAUAAAAUAGAAGAAGCAUUCAAAUGGUUAAGCAAUCACACUUUGGAUUCAGCAGUUGAAAUAAUUUUGGAUAAAAUAAAGACUAAAUCAUUAACACAUAUUGAAAGUAUUAUAAACAGUUACACAGGGAUGUCUACAUACAUGUUCAAUUACUGUACCAAUUUACAAUCUUUUACAAUUAAUCAGGUAAAAAUUUCGAAAAUGGAAAAAAAAUUUUUGAACUACAAAAUGAAAAGUGAACAUGAUAAAGACAAUAAUGAAAGUGUUGAAAAAUUCGAUAGUAUCUCUAAAACCUUAUCAAUGAUUCCAGAUUGGCUUAUUCAUGAGGUUAUAAAAGGAAACAUCAAUCCUUCUAUAAUUGAUUUAUUUCAACAUGAAGCUUACACUGUUUGGCCUCAUACGGAAAAUUUGAAUCAACCAUCAAUUUAUGAAAUGAUUAUUCAUACGAAAAGAUUCUACCAUUGAAUGCAGAGAAAUAUUGGUGAAAAAGUAUCCUUUAAGCCUGGAAGACAUCAGAUCAAAUAUGAAGAUUAAACUGGAGAUUCUAAAUGAUAUUUUAUUGGGAAUUAAAGAAGCACAUGUCCUUCAUAAUUUACCACAAGAUU